AUGACCACCAUACCCGCCGACAACAGUAGCAGGAGAUUUAGUGUUGUCAAGUUCGUAGCACAAGUAAUAAAAGGUCGAUGGUUUAUGCUGUGUGCCUCUUUCUUUAUCAUGGGAGGAUCUGGUGGUAGCUAUGUAUUUGGAUCAUACUCUGAAGUAAUCAAAUCUACUCAAGGUUAUGAUCAAAGCACACUCAACCUUUUGGGGUUCUUCAAGGACCUUGGUGGAAAUUUUGGUGCUCCUAUUGGUCUCAUUGGAGAGAUUACCCCUCCAUGGUUGGUACUCCUUCUAGGCUCAUGCCUUAACUUUGCUGGCUAUUUCAUGAUUUGGCUUGUGGUCACUGGCAAAAUAUCAAAGCCACAUGUUUGGCAGGUUUGUCUUUACAUCGCAAUUGGUGUCAGUUCUCAAAACUUUGCCAACACUGGAGUAAUAACCACUUGUGUAAAAAACUUUCCAGAAAGUAGGGGCACAAUAUUAGGUUUGUUGAAAGGUUACCUUGGUCUCAGUGGAGCCAUUGUAACACAACUUUACCUGGCCAUUUAUGGGAAUGAUUCUGAGUCUCUCAUCCUUCUCAUUGCAUGGCUCCCUGCUGCUAUACCAGCAAUAUUUGCAUGUGUAAUUCGAUUCAUGAAGGUUGAAACUAGGCAACCCAAUGAGGGAAAGUUAAUCAACCAAUUUUUAUUUGCAUCAAUUGCACUUGCAAUAUUCAUCAUGGUAAUGAUCAUUGUUCAGAAACAGACUGUUUUUUCUAAAGCAGCUUAUGCUGGGAGUGCAACUCUGGUAUGUAUUCUUCUGAUCCUCCCUUUGUUUAUUACUAUCAGACAAGAGUUAUCAUUGUGGAACAGCAAGGAAAAACUUGCACGUACUAUAAAUGGGGUGGUCAUAGAGAAACCACAAAUAGUUGAACCUGCAGAAUCACCACCCCCUCCAAAAGAAAAAGCCAUAGACCCAAAUAUGUCUUGGUUUGCCAACAUAUUCAACAAACCUGAAAGAGGAGAGGAUCACACCAUUCUACAAGCACUUAUCAGUAUUGACAUGUUGUUAUUGUUGAUUUCGUCAUUUGCUGGCUAUGGAACAAACGUAACAGUGGUGGACAAUUUGGGACAAAUUAGCAAGUCACUAGGAUACACUGGAAAUACAGUAAAAUCAUUUGUGUCACUAGUAAGCAUUUGGAAUUACUUUGGGAGGGUCCUGUCUGGUUUUGGAUCAGAAAUUUUGCUUCGAAAGUACAAAGUUCCUCGUCCCAUGUUGUUGGCCUUUUCUCAUUUCCUUACAUGCAUUGGACACCUUCUUAUUGUGUUCCCAACACCCGGUUCGGUCUAUUUUGCAUCAGUGAUAAUUGGAUUCGCUUUUGGCGUAUUAUUGCCAAUGCUCUAUGCACUUGUUUCUGAACUCUUUGGUCUUAAAUAUUUUUCCACCCUGCAAAAUUGUGUCCUCAUGGUUAUUCCUAUUGGAUCAUAUGUGUUGAAUGUUAGGGUGACUGGCUUCCUUUAUGAUCGAGAGGCAAAAAAUCAACUCAGAAAAAGUGGCAAAGAGUGGAUGAAAGGCACAGAGUUGACAUGCAUUGGAAUUGAAUGUUAUAAGCACUCUUUGAUGAUAAUGGCAUGCAUCUCUUUCUUCGCAGGGUUAACUUCUUUGAUUUUUGUGAUGAGGACCAAAAAGUUUUAUAAAAGUGACAUAUACAAAAAAUUUGCAAAGGAUGCAGUAGCUGCAGAAACGGAAUUGACUACUACAUCCUGA